CAGAUCGUUAAUCGCUCUUCCUACAAUCUCGCCUCGCCCGAUGAAGACUCGUUCUUCUCCAAAGUAGUCCGGCAGACUGUCAAGACUAUUCGCAAGUUCAAGAAUAAGGACGGUGGAACAGAAAGUUGGCGUUCAGCGAUUGAGCGGGUCAAACUAUUGGGUAAGGAGACACACGAGAUGGCAAAACGACGAAAGGCGAUGAAAAAACGGCUCCGAGAAAUGAUUGACAACACUCCGGACGAGUUCCAAGAUCCGAGGAAACCUUUGAUUAUGAAACAGCUGGAAAUGGAAGAUCAAGAAAAGGCGACGAUAAAGAGGAUAGGAAGGGAGAAAAAAGAAGAGAUUCGAAUUCCGAUGAAAAUACUCCGCGAAUCGAUCAAGAUCGCCUUGGCAGCAGCUGGCAAAAACGUUACAAAUUUCGACAAGAAGACUCUCAAACUCUUUUCACCCCGAUUCAUGAGUGUAGUUCCGGAACAAGAUGAUCUGUUCAAUUUGCUCUCACCUUCACUCUUCUCCGUCCAUGAGGAGGGCAGCCAGGCUGAGAAAACAAUGUCACUUCCGAAUUUGGUGAAAGCGUUGCCCAACAAAGACCAGGAAGCUUGGCUCGACUUUAUAGUGGAGGCAGCAGGUGUCACUGAUGCCGUGGAUAUGACGGAGAGGAAACAGAAAGAAAUCCGUGACAAAGAAUCACGUGCGCCUGAUGGAACACCUCUUUACUUCACCAAGAGAAACGUCACCAAGAUUCUUGGCGACACUGAAAAACGAAAAAUUGAGACAUUCGAGGAGCUCGACAAGCUGUAUACAAAACGACAGGUUCGUGCGGAAUAG